AUGAAGGGGCCCUGCGGCUGCUUCACCUGCUGGCGGUGCAGGGGGGGCGAUGUCGAGGACGAUGACAGCCCCUUCACCCAGCGCGGGUACAACAUCCGAGAGAAACACCUCGGCAAGCUCCACAGAGCUGCCAGCCGGGGUGACGUCUCCAAGGUGGAGCGCAUCCUUUCGCGCGGGAACGCUGACUUGGAUGAGAGAGACAAGAAAAAGAGGACUGCUCUGCAUUUGGCCUGUGCCAACGGCCAUCCAGAAGUGGUAGCUCUUCUGGUGGACAGAGGAUGUCAACUUAAUGUCUUUGACAACAAAAACAUGACAGCUCUGCUAAAGGCAGUACAAUGCCAGAAAGAGGAAUGUGCGACUAUUUUGCUAGAACUCGGUGCCGACCCAAACCCUCCAGAUGUCUAUGGCAAUACUACCUUACACUAUGCCAUCUACAAUGAGGAUAUCCCAAUGACAAAAAAACUGCUUUUACACCAUGCUGAUAUUGAAUCAGCAAACAAGGAUGAACUCACACCAUUUUUGCUAGCUGUGCAUGAACAAAAAGAGCAAAUGGUAGAUUUUUUAAGAAAGCAAAAAGAAAAUUUAACUGCAGCUAAGUUUGAAAGCGUUCACCAACUAAUGUCUGAAUACAAAGAAAACGAGACACCUAGAAAUCCUCAAAAUAGCAAUCCAGAAGGAACAUCUAACAAGAUGGCAUGCUUGGAAGAAGGAGCAGCAGGUGCAGAAGGAUUUGUUCUCUCUGGCAUGACAAGGGCCUUUUUGAUAGAAGUGCCUUUCAUCACAUUUCGGAUGACAGAUACAUGUGAUAUAAUCCCACAGAAUGUCACAAGCUUAGCAGAAGCUAUUAGGAAAAGUAAAGGGAAGAAUGAUCCAGAAUUCUAUAUUGAUUGUCAGGGGACAAUGUUCAUUUCUGCAGUCAGGCAUGUGUCUUUUGAAAGGGUUUAUGAUAGCAAAACCCACGAGGGCAACUGGAACUCUGAGGUGUUCACUCUACACACCUCAGACCCCUACAAUGUAGUAAAGGUGACAGCCAAGAUAGAAAGACACAAACUCACACUGUUCAAUGACCAAUUUUUGGAAGUUGAGACUGAUAAAAUGUGCAUUUACUCAGAAGAUUAUUUUCCUGUUAGCACCUCUGGGUGUAAGUUUGACAAUAAUUUGUAUUGGGUUGAUGACACAAUGGGGAAACAUAAACUACUGGCACUGGGCUUCAGCAGUACAGGAGCAGCCAUGUGCAAGGCCAUUUAA